GCCGUUGCACCUGGGGAACGCCCGAAGCGUCUGCGCUGCCACGAAUGUGUUUGUGUCAGAACUGUCGACAUAUUAGGGAUUAAAAGGUGCUGAUCGAGGAGCUGGGAGACAUGGCUGGCGAGAAGAAACAAGGUCUGCCCCAGGAGACGAGCCCCACGCCUGCCGGGGACACGCCAGGCUGCUUCAUGUGCCAGCUCCACGAGGCGCUGAGGCGCAGCGACCCGGAGGCCAUGCCACCGCCCAUCCUGACGGCCCAGCAGGCCGAGAGCUUCCUCACCACCAUCCUGUGCUGCGGCGCGUCGUCCUUCCUGGCCUGGCACUACCGGCGCACCCGCGUCGUGCGGCGGUUCCUCUGCUGGCUGCUGCUGGCCUACCUGCUGGUGCUGCUGGGCUUCCUGUUCUUCAUGGCCAGCGUCUACCUGCUGUGAGCCCGGGCUCGUGUCGGCUGUCCUCUGUCGGCACUUCUCACUACACGCUCCAUCCUGCUGGCCUACCUGCUGGUCUCUGCUGGUGCUGCUGGAUUCCUGUUCUUCAUGGCCAGCGUCUAUCUGCUGUAAGCCCGGGCUCGUGUCGGCUGUCCUCCGUCAGCACUUCUCACUACAAUCUCCAUACUGCUGCUCUCUCUGCUGGUGCUGCUGGGCUUCCUGUUCUUCAUCGCCAGCGUCUACCUGCUGUGAGCCCGGGCUCGUGUCGGCUGUCCUCCAUCAGCACUUCUCACUACAAUCUCCAUACUGCUGGCCUACCUGCUGGUGCUGCUGGGCUUCCUGUUCUUCGUCGCCAGCGUCUACCUGCUGUGAGCCCGGGCUCGUGUCGGCUGUCCUCCGUCAGCACUUCUCACUACACGCUCCAUCCUGCUGGCCUACCUGCUGGUGCUGCUGGGCUUCCUGUUCUU